AUGGAUGUCACAAACAAGAAAUAUGCCCUGCGAAACAGGGCGGAAUUAUCCGCCUUUGUUAAUCAACCGCUACGAAACAACAGUCGCAUUAAGUUCACUUGUUUUGACUGUUCGCCGAAGUACUUUGUGUUCGGGGCCAAUUCUGGUAGUCUUUACCUGUACAGCCGUAUGACGGAGAACUUUUUGGCGAUAUUUCCUAGUCAACUCGGCACCAUUGGGAAGGUGUCUAUUUCGCACAACGAAAAGCAGAUCGCUGUUGGUAACCAAACCGGAUCGAUCGGUGUCCUUCUGGAGCUGGAGCCACCAAAUGUAAAGGAAAUUCUGAGUACAAGUCUGGUCCCUGCUGCCGAUUCCGAUGGCCAACCAUUUGACGCAGCUAGAGCUCCGUUCGUGACGAGCUUUUGCUGGACAGAAGAUGACAAGGAACUGUAUUGUGGUGACUCUCGUGGAAUAGUUUCGUUGAUACAAUUUUCGCUGUUUAUGGGUCGCAACAUUCUCAACAUUAGCUUACAUCCAGUGCUUUUGCUAGAAAAUCGUAUAGUACAAAUAGAUCGAUACAAAGACCUACUACUGGUGUCAACUCUGUCGAAAUGUGUGCUUUGCAACACUGCUAGAGAAGAGUUUAAACAGAUCGGUAAUCGACCAAGAGAUGGACAAUAUGGUGCUUCGUUCGUCAUCGCACAACCGAACGGCAACGUUGGUUCAAUACCCGUUUCUCCGCCACUAAUGAUUGUGGACGAAGAGGAUGUGCGAAUAUUUUGCUCCCGCCCCGGAAGCCGCCUGUGGGAAGCUGAUCUCGAAGGAAACGUGAUACGCACGCAUCAGUUCAAGCAGACGGUGACGAAUCAUCGUCGAAAAGCGUCUCAGUGUAUCCCGGACUCCGAACUACAUCAGAGUGUACCUGCGCUGACCGAUGGCACCAUGAUGGUCGUACCCUUUCAAGUUCUCUACUCAAUUCGUCGCCAGUUGUUGCUAGUGCACGAUCGAUGCCAGUUGUUGAUAAUUGAUCCUCUGCACUCGAAAAUCGUCCUACGGACCGACGAGUUUACCGAUAUUACGCACGUAGCAGUAGUUGAUGAAUGGAUUUAUCUGCUGACCGGGGAAAAUCGCUUUUUUCAAGUUUGCGUCGAAAUCGAGGGAGAGGAAGAUCGAACUCUAUCUCCUAAUUCGAAUGAUCAUGGAUCUCAAAAUUCGUCUCCCUUACAGUCUAUGCAUGAGACGCGAAGACAAAAGCAGGGCGUGUAUAUUUUGGAUAAUGUUCUAAACAACAACAGCAAUAAGCUCCUGAACGGGAAGGAAAAUCCUCUGCUGCUAUCCACCGAAGCGACAAUAAAAGAAGCUCUUGUAUCGGUAGUACGUGGUAAAUACGGGCGUAAUAUCAAACAAAUGUUUAUGGGAUACGAACAGCUACAACAGCAGCAGCAGCAUAUACAAAGUCCGUAUGCUCCACAACGCCCAAAGACGCUAAAUUUAACAAAAAUUUAUGAACCAAGCCGAACGAAUGGCUUGGUAAACGGUAACGGUCAUGCCCUUCUCGCCGAAUUUGGCAUCGAAGUUGAACCCGAAGAUCUGCAAUGUGACGAUAUGGUUGAAGAGCUCGUAAGGACUCGAACCGGACAGGCCCUUGUCAGUACCGUGCCAAAUAGUGUCGGAUUAAAGAUGCAGGGAAAGAAGAAAUUUUCCACCUCACUGUUGGACGGAUACGAAACUUCCGAAGAUGAUGCCACGGUCCGUAAUCUCUAUCUUAUCUUUCGAUCUUCGGUCAUUAGCAAUCUAAAUUUUGCCGAUCGAUAUGCUAAGAUCUUUGACGAUUACGAUACGGAAACGAUCGUGCGCUUACUGCGCAAACUAGAAACCUUAAUGGAGGAGAACGAGGAAGCCAACGCGCGGGUCAAGUGCAUGCGAAUAUAUUUCAACUAUCUGAAACCUGAGCUGCUGUGGGAAAUAGAUUCUGACUCCCGCCAAUUCAUCAAGGAUGGCUUCAUCGUAUGCAAUACGUCGGAUCCAUCGGAUCGUACUUUGCUGGAGCGUUUAGCUUCCUGCGCGCACUGUGGUUACUAUCUUCAAGCGACUGCGUCGUGUCACUAUCGGGAGAUUGGAACGAGCUUGAUGCAGUUCUAUUGGUCGCGCAAGGAAUACGAAGAGUGUUUUACAUUGCUUAAACAAGUCCCGUACUUAUGGCGUACCGUAACUCGUUACUACAUCCAAGAUCGCCGGUAUGACAAAGUUGUGGCCUGUGUGUGGAAUUUGGCCGACCCUGAACUGCUCGGACGGGCUGCUGCUGAGCUUCCGUUCGAUUUGCACCACUGGAAGGAACUGUUUGAGCUAGUUAUGUCCUACCAUCAACGUCAUGAAAUGAUCUGCUUAAACUGUGAUAAACUGUGCUCCGGUCUAGAUGGAAAUAAUAUCAAACGCAAUAUCGACAAUACAGUGGCGACCGUCGAUGACGGGAAUUCUGAGAUGUCAAGUACGAAUGGCGAACGAAUGUUUCGCCAAUGGAACUACCUUUUAGGGGUCGCACUCGAACAUCUUGAUUCUCCUGCGGAACUGUUGAGCCUCUUGCGUGGUUAUGCGGAUAACAUUCCUAAGGGUGCAAUUGCUCCCAGCUUCUACAUUCGAUGUUUGCUUUUAGAAGCAAAGUAAGAUAAUGGCGAAUAUCAUACGCUUAGACAAAUAUGAUACAAAGCAGGAAGCGUAACGGGAAUAUUGUUCUAU